CACUGCUUUAAAGGGUAAAUGGGGCAUCUGGGAAAGUUUUGCCGUGGCAUGACCAUGUAGCUUGUUGCAUCUGCCCACAUGGGAUACUUAAAGACAGGCUAUUGGAAAGUUCCUAGCCAUUCUGCCUGGAGGGAAUUCCUGAAUUAUGACUGAAGACUCUUUCUGUUUAAUCAGUGGCAUGUCUGGAUUAAACUCCAGUCUGGGGUCUCUAAGUUGCUGGCAGGCGAAUCGAUGUAAUCCUACCUUACCUCUCUGUGGGCUGGUUUGAUUUGUGCCAGGUGGUGGGUUCUUUGGAGCAGCCAAAGCUAAGCUCUGCCCUGGCCCCAUUAGGAGGGGUGUCCCCUCCACACCUCUGGGACUGUGCUGGGUACCGUGUCGCUGUGGUCUGCCACAAAGACUGCUUUGCCCUCCUUUGUUACCUUUUUAAAAGUAUAUCUUUUUAGCAACAGCCCCGGUAGAACAAGUUGUAAAGGCCCCUAGAAAUAUAUGGGAGGUAGGUUUUGGGGGCACAGAAAAUUCUGGGUGCUUGGUGACUUUCCUUCCCCUCCACCUGCCCUCUCCGGUUCUGUGCCACCCAGUCCCAUAGACCUGAGCGUUGUGCUGGGAACCAACGACUUGCGGAGCCCCUCCCUGGAAGUGAAGGGGGUCACCAGCAUAGUGAUUCACAAGGACUUCGAAAGGUUCACCAUGGACAACGACAUCGCCUUGCUGCUGUUGAACACAGACAUCAGGUUCAGCGGCCUGAAGGAGCCCAUCUGCAUGCCCAGGCAGCCCGGCCCCACCAAGUGGAGCAAAUGCUGGGUGGCAGGAUGGGGGCAGACCAAACCUGGUGACAAACACUCUGAGACCACUGACCUGAUGAAAGUGCCAAUGGUCAUCAUGGAUCGGAGGGAAUGUAGAAAGGUGUUUCCAAAGCUUACCAAAAACAUGCUGUGCGCUGGGUAUGAGAAUAAGAGCUACGAUUCCUGCCAGGGUGACAGUGGAGGGCCUCUGGUCUGCACCACAGAAUCGGACAGGAAGUGGUACCAGGUGGGCAUCAUCAGCUGGGGAAGGAGCUGUGGACGGAAGAACAUUCCAGGAAUUUACACCUUGUUAGAUAAUUAUAGCCCCUGGAUCAAGAAGGUGACGGAGGUGGAGGGAAGGCCCUAUGACUCUGAGAAAAUGAGAACUGAGGAGGUGAGCGCUCCUUCCCCAGAGAUACUGAUGAGAUCCAAGGCCUCCGAAUUCCCAGAGCCAGGUGGCCCCAGACUCUGGCUCCUGCUCUGCCUUCUGUCCUACAUGCUGUUCUAAGCCAUUUUCUACUGGUGAUAAAACAAGUGCUAUUCCGUAACCAAGGAGGGUGUGUGAGAAUGUGUUUGAAUGAUUGUAGCCAUGUGGCUACAUUGGGGAGAAGCGAGUAGUGAGGUGGAGAGAACAGAUGUUGACAGGGACUGUUUCUCAAAAGGGCUUCCAAGUGGAGGCCACAAUGACCCCAGUCCCUCCAGUUUGCAUCCUACCAGCUAAGCAGCCUCAGUGGAAACAGCACCUUGUUCCCGACAAUUCCAGUAAGUCUGUGGUCUAAUUCUUGUGACUCAGAAGCCCCACAAAUGACCCGAAAGCUUCUACAUCUGCCUGGAAGCAGACUCCUAUCUCUUGUUAGCCACAGGGCUGAGAUGGCUAAAAAUCAAACUCACAACCUCAUCCUUCAACUGGCUGAAUUACAGGGUGAGCUAUACCCCCAGCCUUGCAGGGUGUCUAUCUACUAUUAAAGGCAUUGGUGGAGAAAGAAUGUGAUCCUGAACAUUUGAAUGGGGAUGUGUGAGAAGACCCUAAUGGAACUGGGACACUGGGCCCCUGAGUUCUGAUGAGUUUUCUUUGCCAGUGGCCACAGUCUCUCCCCGCUCAGUAAGAGGGACCUCUUUGCCCACCCCAGGGUGUUAACCCUGCAUUGCUGAGGAAAGGGCCAUGGCCUUCCCUGAGGCAGCUGUCAAGCAAGACAAUGCUGAUUCUCCUGGGGACCCCACUCCACCGCCCUCCCUGCUUCUAUAACUAGACUCAAGUCCCGGCAAACCCCUACAGGUGAAGUAUAAA